AUGGGCACCGCCUUUGCUCGUAAGGUAGGAUGUGUCGUUGACGAGAAUCAGAAACAAGAGUGUGUGGGGAUAGGCGAAAACACGUACAUGACCGAAGGAUGUACCAAGAUCAAGAUCACCCUAAAUGAAUUGCUAGAAUACUAUUUUGACGUGUGGGUGGAUGAUCAAGUCGGUCAAGAGGUGAUCCUGGGUAUGGAAUUCAUGGUGCCCGCAGUGAAACGUCGGGAUUUGGCUGACGGGACGCUGGUAUUGCCAGAUGAUGUGAGGAUUCAUCUAGCAGGACGCAGACCUUUGUACAGAUCAUCCAUGCAGCCGAUCGUGGCCCCAGAACAGCACUUGGUUCUGCCGGUCGGUAGAUCGGCGGAGAUAAGGAUCGGCAACGUCCAGUCUAACGCCAAACUCUGGGUGAGGCGCGAUUCUACAUGGGUACCCACCUUUACCACUGUAAUAGGUCGGAACAAGUAUUAUCAGCUGAUAAACCUCGGCGACAAAAAAACAACUUUCGGUCACGGACCGGCUUUAGGCUGGAUUAUGGCUGCCGACAUGGUACCUCGAUACCCAGGCUACGUCUCGUUUGGACCGCGAUGGUACAACGAGUGGCAGACACUAGCCUUUGAAGCUACGACCGAAAGAGAGGAAGAAGUGCCGACCGCAUACGCGGGACCGCUUGUGGAUCACCCGACCUAUCCUACGCCAGAGAAAGUUUUAAGUCGGCCUACGGGGAAUAAUGUAUCAAAGAUUAGCCCGAUCGUAGACGAGGGAGUUAUUCAACGUGUGGAACCACUACCACGUGUCGUUAACACGAUCGAGGAGAAGGGCGGAAGCGUUCGAACACCCGAGGGGCCAAUGGCAGAUGUCUCGACGAAAAAGGACGGGGAUUCCGAUAGAUCGCAUAACGGAUCGCAUGACACGACCGACGAUCGACAAGUGGAUCACCGAUCGACAAGUGUCAGGCCCGCGGUUCAUACGAUUCAUGAACUUACGACGAACGAAGGAGAAGGGGAUCAGUCGAGGUUAGAGGGGGGUCUUUACCAGGUGUGA